AAAGAGAAACACACUCAGACAGACCACUCUGAAGAAGUCAUGAUGAAAGUGGCCCUUGUCCUGCUGUUUGUUGCCUAUGCUUACGGGUGUGGCACACCCACCUAUGAGCCCUCUGUGAACCGUGUUGUGAACGGGGAGGAUGCUCGUCCCUACAGCUGGCCCUGGCAGAUCUCUCUGCAGUAUCUGAGCGGCUCCACGUACCGACACACGUGUGGAGGAACUCUGCUCGCUCCAAACUGGGUUUUGACUGCUGGACACUGCAUCGGACCUCGUACUUACCGUGUGGUGCUGGGGGAGUACGACCUCACAAACGGGGAGGGCUAUGAGCAGGUCAGAGCUGUGGAGAGGAUCAUCGUUCACCCUGGCUGGAACAGUAACUGCCUGUCCUGUGGAAACGACAUUGCGAUGAUCAAACUGGCCUCCCCUGCUGUCCCAAACGACAAGGUGCAGCCUUCCUGUGUGCCCAAGAGCGGAGAGAUCGUCCCUCACAACUACCCCUGCUACGUCACCGGCUGGGGGAGACUCUACAGUGGUGGUCCCAUUGCAUCUAAGCUCCAGCAGGCUAUUCUUCCCGUAGUCGGUCACAGUGUCUGCAGCAGCAGCGACUGGUGGGGGAGUACCGUGAAGACCCACAUGAUCUGUGGUGGUGGUGACAUCCGCUCUGCCUGCCAUGGAGAUUCAGGUGGCCCUCUGAACUGCAAGGGCAAUGAUGGCAGGUGGUACGUGCAGGGGGUGACCAGCUUCGUCUCCUCCCUCGGAUGCAACACCCUGAAGAAGCCCACAGUUUUCACUCGCACCUCUUCCUUCACAAAGUGGAUCAGUGACACUAUGCUGCAGUACUGAAGACCUGGAGCCUCUUGAAUGUCAAUAAAGCAAUUUCAUCAAUCACA